GAUCAUGCGGGGUGGAGAGAAAAGGGGGGGAGCAAAGGAGGCAGUCUUCGCUUCAGGGGCACAAUGGAGGCACAACGAGAGGAGGGUGGGGCCGCUUUUGAUUGAUGGCCGGGCCUGCCCAACGGCGCGCCGCGAAAACGGGGCCGGGAAUGACAGGCUUUUAAAGGGGCCAAUGGCGCGCCCAAAGGGGCGGGCGCGUGGCGUGAGGCGGGUGCCGCGCGGAGAGCGGAGAGUAAGAAACAGCGCGCUGAAGGAGGUAAGCAAGCCUAAGUACAGCAUGGUUCUGGAAAGAAGAUGGGCUCCACUCGAGUAACUGCAAAGGAGCUAUGUGAGAAUGAUGACCUAGCCACCACACUAAUUCUUGACUCCUACCUCGGCUUUAAGACUCAUAAGAUGAACGUAAGCCCACUUCCAGCCAUUAGAAGGAAACACCAUUUACGGGAGGCAGUGGAAGCUUUCCGGAAGCGCAAGGAUCUGGAAGUAGCAUAUCAGGCUUUGAUGCAGGGUGGGUGGGCCUGCCAGUACUUCGCAAACCGGAGCCGUCAGCAGGAGGCUGCCUUCAAGACUCACAUAUUUCGCUACCUUCGUAUUUUCCUUCCAGAGAGUGGUUUUGUAAUCAAGCGCUGUAGUCGGUAUUCCCUGGAAAUAAAUGGGGCCCGGGUGGUCUCUACAAAAUCUUGGCGAAAGAAUGAUAAGCUGGAACUCCUGGAGGGCUACAUUGCAGAACUGACAGAAGAAGAUGAGAGCCUCUUGCGCACAGGUGAAAAUGACUUCAGCAUCAUGUACUCCACACGAAAGCAGUGUGCCCAGCUGUGGCUGGGGCCUGCUGCCUUCAUCAAUCAUGACUGCAGGCCAAACUGCAAGUUUGUCCCAAUGGAUGGAAAUAUUGCCUGUGUUAAGGUGCUACGGGACAUAGAGCCGGAAGAUGAGAUCACAUGCUUCUAUGGUGACGGCUUCUUUGGGGAGAACAAUGAAUUGUGCGAGUGCUACACUUGUGAAAGGAAGGGGGAAGGAUUCUUUCGCCUCCGGAAUCAGACACCAUCACAAUCUACCUCAGUCAAUGAGAAAUAUCUACUGAGAGAGACAGAUGGCCGUCUGCAGAGGUGGAAAAGCCAGUCGUGCAAAUUGGCCCAACGCAGUGUGAAAGUGGGACAGAAGGCCCGACGCAGGAGAGCACGAUUACGUGGUGCUCUACGCAGAUCUACCCUUCGUUAUUACUUUAGAAUGCUGAAGCCUUUGUACAUCCCACUGCAUGACUGCCUGGCCUGUGGAGCACGUCAGUGCAAGAUCCAUAAGCAGCUGCUAGUGCGUCUGCUUCAAUGUCCUCCUUCCAUGCUCCCAGCAUCACAUUUACGACGCUCUUUACGCAGCAAGGCUAGGUACUCUAGGGCCCCACAGGGCUGCUCUGUCACUGAAAAGCACAAGUCUCCAAGCUCGAGCUGGACUAACCAGUGCAACUUGGUUGUGAAUCUUGGCAAGAGGGUUCCUUUGAACUUGUGGAUGAACAGAAAAGCAGUAUCUGGGACUGGGCAGAGAGAACCAUAUAGUCGCAAUGGAGCGUUUAGCCAGGGUCCCAAGGAACGUCAUGAAGGAGAUGAGGAGGUCACAGGACCCUAUGAAUCAGGAGAGCAGGCUCCCCUUGGCUCUUCAGGACCUCUUUCCUACAGCCAGUUGCUAUGCAGAACAAGGAGCAUGGCCAAGCGCCAAGCCCAGCUUUUGCCUAAAUCCCAGCUAUUCGUACCAGCAGUAGACCCCAAGCUUUCCCAGUAUGCUCAUGUCUGUCUUGAGGGCCCACUCUUUGGAGGCAGGCAGCGCUGGCAGCAGCCCCCUCCAGAGGAGGUGGAGAAGGAGCAGGCAGAGGAACAGCAGCCUCCCUCCAAGCCAAUGGUUUCUUUCCCCCCUUUUGUGCCACCCAAGCGGCUGCGACUAGUUGUGAGUCAUGGUUCCAUCAACCUUGAGGUAGCUUCCGGCUCCUGUGAAGAGCUGUCCUGAUCUAACUACUCUCUGUGUGCUGAAGAGAGACUGAAACUUCUUACUGAGUUUCUUACUGAACUUGAUAAGCCAGGGCAAAACCCACCUACCAGAAUUGACCUGGAAGCAUCUGACUCCCUCAUUUUUCCAGUCACCUCUUACGGGGUGAGAAACCAUCUGCUCUGUUCUGAUAUGGUGUAUGCAAAGGGCAAGAGGCUGUGUCUCUGCUACAAGCACUAUCUUGUGUUCACCCCCAUUUUUUUUCUAAUGCAGAUCAGUCUCUUUCCAAGGUGCUUUGCCAACCAAUCCAAUACUUGUCCCUUCCAUUUUAAAAGCACACUUCACAGUUUGGCCAAACCUUACUACAUAACCUUGAAACAGAAGCCAUAUAGUAGGCUGCACGGAUGCUUGGGAUUGCCUUUCCCUGUCAUCUUCUCUUUGAACUGUGCUUGCUCUUCUCUCCCCUGCCCCAAAGUUCUUUUAUCUUUUGACUCUUUAAGUGUCCCAUCACUCUGGUUUGUAGCUGCUCAACCAUGGAAUCUUCUACAGAACCUCAUGGUGCUUUUGCUGUUUGUUGCUCCUGUACAAGCCGGCGUAGGUGAAGUGACUUGUGGGUAAAGGAAACCUACAUCCAAUCAGGGAAGCCUUUUUUACCUAUUGUAACAAAACCAGCAACCAGAAGUGCACAUUUGCAUGCAACCUAAGCUGUUCAACCCAUUUAGCCUGAUAGUGGCUGCUGCUUUCUAAACAGGCUUAAUUAGGGAAAUAACCCCCUUUCCUCUCCCCCCACUCCUUUUUGGGUGCCUACUGUUAAAAAAAACAUCUACUUUUCUAAUUUUCAAAGCCACUUUUGUAUUAGUCAGGUCUAUCGUAUCUUCUCACUACUAGGGCUUUUAAACAAAUGUGUACUGGGACUUUUUAGAUUCUCAAGGAACUUAAGCUAUUCAGGUUUUUAUAUUUGAUACAACUUAGGUUUGAUAGUAUUUUCAGAAUAACCGUCAGUUAGAUUUAUGCAAAUACUUCACACUGUCAUUGAGUGGUAGAGAAUGAAAUAGUUGUACUUUCCCAGCUCUGCUCAAGGGACUGCUUGGCUCAGGGGCAUUGUGGUAAGGGGCCUUCCUUUUGUAAGAUGCUGGCUUGAGCAGGAUAAAUGGUUGUUCUUGUCUAGGGGUGGCUGCAUCAAGUUCAAAAGCACUUGCAUUAAAUGGCUCUUCUGUGUAUGUGUCUACUGGUCUGGUCCUGACAGUUCUUGGGACUUCUAACAGGUGGGGUCUCACUCCAGUGCUGAGAAAUGAAAUUACAAAUUAGCCAGCAGCAACUGGAUAAAUUGGACCACUGCAUCCAGCCUUUUUUUCUCUGAGUGCUUGCUUUGUUUUGCAGGCAGGGGUUUUGUGGAGAGUUCUGUGGUGCUGACUUUGGGAAAUGCUAGUUGAUAGUUGUAGGAGGGCCUAAUUCUCCUUUCUUUCCUUUUCUUCAUUUCUUGUUGAUCUCUUGCUUGGUGUAUUUUAGUCUUGAAGGCUUCUCCAUAUAAGAUUUAAAAGACAGGUGUGCAUAUGGGAAUCGAAGGAGUAUUCUAAGGCUGUAAUCCAGUGUACCCUUAUGGGUAAAUCUUGUUGAACACAAGCUUCCUUCUGAGUAACCAUAAAUAGGAUGUAACCAAAAAGGUCUGUGACCUAUGAAUUGAAAGCUCUGUCUUGGAGAACCUAUAGAAUUUGCUUGGCAUGCAUUUUAGCUCUGAUAUGGAUAUGUAUUAUAGUUCAAGCCUUCUGCUUUUCACAGUUCUGCACGUGUUGGUGCUGAUUCCUGGGAAAUGCUGUGUGUAUUUUUCAAAGUGGUUUUUAGACAUUAGUUUGUGAAAGGUAUAACAAGGGCACAACUUGCAGCUAGGAGGAGCUGUAACUAUUCACUCCAUCUCUAGAAUGAAAUUAUGUUUAUAGUUUAGGGAGAAUCUUUUGAACACUAUUCUGGGGAUGUAGCUUAGUUCUGAAGAGGGUCCUCUUCCCAUUGCAGUGGCCACAGUUGGGUAUCACAACAAGCUAGCAAGGCAAAGGAACCCUUGGCUUAUUGAGGAUGAGCAGCCAGGGUACUACUACUGCUUCAAUGCUGCCAACUUCAUUGGCAGCAACUUAACAAACAAUAGGUUGGCAAAUCGUAGUCUGUUUACUGUGACUUCUGAACCCAGCAGCAGCUGGCACUCUGCUUGUUUCAUUCCCAGCAAUACAAAGAAAGAAUUCUUUGUUUUUUUCCUAAAGGUUUGUCUGGGUUGUUUUUUUUCCUAAAGGUAGUCCUGUAUGCAACUCAUCUUGAGCAAGCUGGAUUUCCUGUAGUUCUCUACUGCAAUUUCUGCCUAUGGCCACUAGUUGCAGCAGGGCCUCUGAAAAAGGUGAUCUCACCUUAUAAUUUUCAUUAAAACACAAGCCUUGAUAGGCCAUGUUGACUAUUUCAGCCAAUGCUAGGAGAAGCCCAGAUCUAUAUUAUGGAAAAAAUUCCCAGAUGGUGGCAGUUGUAUGAUCCAUGUGAAGGCAUGAAGAAAAUGUGGCUGAACGAACCAUGUGAAAAGCAUCUCUAUAUGUCUGUCUAGUACAAGUCUUGGUGUAUGAGAUAAUAAAUGCCAGCCACCAAUUUCAGCAGUUUCCUUAGAUCUUCAUAUUCUUAGGCCUCUCCCACAGACGAGAGUGAAAAUGUUUCUUCCUAAAGGAGUUGAUAUACAGCUGAAACAGCAUGUCUUUGCUUCUCCCGAAAGUAGCCUGACCCUUACAUGUAUGUAUGCUUCAGGCAAUGUUUUUCCUUCUUUUUUCCUCCUAAAACCUUUCUAUACAAAUCUAUUUAUUUUUGGACAGAUGACCCCAGUCACUACUUGACAGUUAAAUUUCCUUGUUUAAUUACACACAGCUCCUCUGGUGCUGAUGAUACAGAUUAUACAGCAACCAUUCUGUUUCGAUACAUGGUGCUAUUCUGGUAGACUUCGACACAAAUUUAUGAUAUGGAGUUGUUUUUGUUACAGUGGAGGAAAUGCUCAACAUCUGUGGUGAAGAUAGCAUUGAGGGAUGAGCCAUGCACUUUCACCUGUAUAUCAGUGUUUCAACACAGCACAAAAUGCUUUAUAGUUUCUUUGUACUAAGCAGGGUGGAUAAAAAUAAGUUAUGUUUUUAUGAUUUAAAUCACAAUUUAAAUAAAAAUAGUGUUUUAAAAU